AUGCUCAAUUUUCUAUGCGCUAAGAAUAUGGAAUCAGGAACAGAUGAGUAUAGAGGGCGCCGUUGGUCACAUGACACACUAACCCGAAAUGGACAGACCCCAGCUAAGCGAGGCCGAGCCUCCGAUCCCACAGCAGCCAAACUCCGCCCUCACAAGUCGCAAUUUGAAUUGCUCUCCGUCGACCAACCCGCCAGCAACCACAUUCAAAGGGCAGCACCCCCAGCAGCAGCACAGUCAGAUCUCCCUGUCUGCACUACACUCCCUUCCAAAAUGGCUGCCAUCAACAAGAUCGCCGUCAACUCGCCGUCGAGGCAGAACCCCUCCGAGCUGGAGACCGCGAUCGCGGGUGCUCUUUACGACUUGGAGAGCAACACACAGGAUCUGAAGGCCACUCUCCGGCCUCUUCAGUUCGUGUCUGCUCGUGAGGUCGAAGUCGGCCACGGCAAGAAGGCUGUCAUUGUCUUCGUCCCCGUUCCUCUCCUCCAGAGCUUCCACAAGAUCCAGCAGCGCCUGACCCGCGAGCUUGAGAAGAAGUUCUCUGACCGCCACGUCCUCUUCGUUGCUCAGCGCCGCAUCCUUCCCAAGCCCAAGCGCUCCGUCAACUCUCGCACCAACCAGAAGCAGAAGCGCCCUCGUUCUCGCACCCUGACGGCUGUCCACGACUCCAUCCUUGACGACCUCGUCUACCCCGUUGAGAUCGUCGGCAAGCGUACCCGCACCAAGGAGGACGGCAGCAAGACGCUCAAGGUCAUCCUCGACGAGAAGGAGCGCGGCGGCGUUGACCACCGCCUCGACGCCUACGGCGAGGUCUACCGUCGUUUGACCGGUCGUGCUGUUGUUUUCGAGUUUCCUCAGGGUGCUGCCGCUAGUGAAUUCUAA